AUGGAGUUAGAGAAUAUUGUGGCCAAUACGGUCUACCUCAAAGCCAGAGAAGGUGGCUCUGACAGUAACAAAGGAAAGAGUAAAAAGUGGCGAAAAAUACUACAAUUUCCACACAUAUCUCAAUGUAUAGAUCUCAAAAAUAAAAUAGAUGUAAGUUAUGAUUAUGUCGUAGAUCAACAGCCUAUAGGCAAUGUACUAUUUCGACAAUUUUGUGAAAAUAAAAGGCCAGAAUUUCACAAAUAUGUUAAAUUCUUAGAAAGUGUAUCAAGAUAUGAGAUAGAAUCUGAUGAUCAUCGAAAAACAAAUGCCUGUGAAAUAGGACGACGAUAUUUGGGUGUUGAGAACGUAAUAAAAGCGAUAGAUCAAGAGAAUGAGAAGACAGAGUCCAACAAUAUCAAUCAAAAUAAUGUAUCAUCGCCAAAAAAUAAUUCACAAGUUACUGAAAAAGUGGAUGGUCAAUCAAUGCACGAAACUGAUCUUGUAAUUGAUAUAAUAAAUAAAGAACUCAUUACGGACGUCGAGCAGAAAAUUCACACUGCUUCUAAAGAGCUCUAUGAACUGUGCUUCACCGCAGUCAAAACGUAUUUGGCUGGAGAGCCAUUUAGAGAAUUUGAGACUUCAAUGUAUUUCCAUAGAUAUCUUCAAUGGAAAUGGCUUGAGGCUCAGCCAGUUACCUAUAAAACUUUUCGGAUGUAUCGAGUCUUAGGAAAGGGAGGCUUUGGUGAAGUUUGUGCAUGUCAAGUAAGAGCAACUGGCAAAAUGUAUGCAUGUAAGAAGCUCGAGAAGAAGCGAAUAAAAAAGCGAAAGGGUGAAUCUAUGGUGCUUAUUGAGAAACAAAUAUUGCAAAAGAUCAACUCUAGAUUUGUCGUAAAUUUAGCGUACGCUUAUGAGACUAAAGAUGCUUUAUGUCUUGUUCUUACCAUCAUGAACGGAGGAGAUUUAAAAUUUCACAUCUACAAUAUGGGAGGUGAUCCCGGAUUUGAGUUACCAAGAGCACGUUUCUAUGCUGCUGAGGUUGUGUGCGGUUUAGAGAAUUUACAUCAACAAGGAAUAGUCUAUAGAGAUUGUAAGCCAGAAAAUUUAUUGCUCGACGACCAUGGACAUGUUCGAAUAUCGGAUCUUGGAUUAGCUGUUGAGAUUCCAGAAGGUGAAAUGGUUCGUGGACGUGUUGGAACUGUUGGAUAUAUGGCGCCAGAAGUCAUCGAUAAUGAAAAAUAUUCAUAUUCCCCAGAUUGGUUUAGUUUUGGAUGUCUAAUUUAUGAGAUGAUUGAAGGACAAGCGCCGUUUAGAGCUAGAAAAGAGAAAGUGAAACGAGAGGAAGUCGAUAGGAGGGUUAAGGAGGAUGCUGAGAAAUAUUCGUCUAAAUAUAAUGAAGAUGCCAAAUCAUUGUGUCAACAAUUACUCAUUAAGUCACCGAAAAGUAGAUUAGGAUGUAAAAAUGGACGACAUGGCGCGCGAGAAGUGAAACUUCAUCCAUUUUUCAAUACGAUUAAUUGGAAACGUCUCGAAGCUGGCUUGGUUGAACCACCUUUCAUUCCAGACCCUCAUGCUGUUUACGCAAAAGAUGUGUUAGACAUUGAACAAUUUUCAACAGUAAAAGGUGUUAAUUUGGAUGCUACUGAUGAGAACUUUUACACUAAAUUUAAUACGGGAUCUGUGUCGAUACCUUGGCAGAAUGAAAUGAUUGAGACCGAAUGUGUGAGAGAAUUGAAUGUCUUCGGACCGGAUGAUACACCAACUUCAGACUUAGUAUUAGAUGCGCCAAUAAUUGAGGAGAAACCAGGAUGUUUUCCAUUUAGAAGAAAGAAAAAACAACUUCCAAGAACAAAACCAAUUCCAAUACCCGAAAAUCUAUUGACAUCUAGUCAAACAGUAACAAUAACUGCAACAAAUGAAAGCUGA